GUUGAGCAUGCGCGCCUCCUGUCGCCGCGAGGGCCUCGGGUCGGAAAGCGCGGAGUUUCGCUUCCUUCGCAGCGCGCAUUAAUCGGUGAGCCAUGCUGAGCCGCGUCCUGGGCAGUCUCCUGCAGUUCCGCCGGCCGAGCUGCGCGUCCCGUCUGCCUCUCAGAGUGUUGGAGAGCUUUCGGGGAGGACCCCAAACGACAGCCUUGAGCCAUGCCUACAGCACGGACAGCGGGAGCCGUGACGAUUCCAUUGGGCGUUACCCAAUACCAAAUAAGACAGACUUGCCUUUUGAUAUAGUGGAGCUCAUGGAGGAAAUGGAGGUAAAGACAGGUUUUUUGCCCAAUGUAUUUAAAGCGAUGGCUCAUCGACCGACAGAAUUUAGAGCAUUCUUUGCUUACUACAACGCCAUUAUCAACAAGGAGACAGGAAACUUAACCAAGGCUGACAAAGAGCUCAUUAUUGUGGCCACAAGUGUGGCUAACAGGUGCCUCUACUGUGUGAUUGCACAUGGCGCUUUGCAUCGGAUAUACUCUAAGAAGCCGACGGUAGCAGAUCAGGUCACAGUGAACUGGAAACUGGCCGACCUAACUGCCCGGGAGUUGGCUAUGCUGGAGUUUGCUCUUGCUAUCUGCCGUGCGGAGAACAUCACCGAAGAGCACUUUCGGAAGCUAGAGGCUCAUGGGUUUGACCGGGAAGAUGCUUGGGACAUUGCUGCCAUUUCAGCUUUUUUUGCCAUGUCCAACCGCUUAGCUCACUUCAUGGAUCUGCGCCCCAACAAGGAAUUCUACACCAUGGGAAGGAUACCAAGAGAAAAAGAAAAGAUGGCAUCCUCUGAAUGAAGCUCGCUGGCUCCACCCCAGCCUUUGCAAAUGCACUGAGCCCCUGACAUGGAAGAACCUUUUCCUGACUCUUGCCUGCAGGGCGCAAGGGCAGAGUGGCAGACGGAAUGGAAAUGGGACUUCCAGUUGCACAAAACCUCGAGGGCAUCUUCCAGUCAGACCUUCAAAUGACAUUCUUCAGAGAUGCGGCAAGAUCAGGUGUUUCCUCCUCAGAUCCUUCAGAUUGUGAUGCGAGAGCUGAGUGAUAUAUUACACUUUGGAAAGAAACUACAAGAAUCUCACUUUUGUCUUAUCUGUAAUUUGGUUUAACAGGGCUGGCUUAGGGUUUUGCAUAUGCAGCAGCCAUUGGCUGUGGGAACUGUCACAGUGCCCUUGCAAGAGAGGUAUCUGAGCCGACGGGGUUUCCCCCCUCCUUUCUUUCAGCCAAUCUUGUUCCUUUAAUAACAAAACUGUUAUUCUGAUUGAGGGCUUGAGACACUGAGAAACCUUAGAUUGCUGAAGGUGUCUUCACACCAUUUUUGGCAUGGAGACUAACACUUGUCAAGAAAAGUGUGUGCUUUGUAAUGUAGGGAUGGUGACAUCCACAUCUCUUUUUCAUCUGGGAACUGAUAAUACAUACAGCAGUUUCUGAGGCACAUCCCUGUCAAAGACUGUCCACUGUGGAAAAACAAGUCACUUCUGGAUGUGAGCCAGAGCCCUCAGAAUCUUUCCAGUUCCUUCUUUUCCCAGAAGAAUAUUUCUGCCUUUUUGCUUUAACAGUAGUGGACCUAGCCCUAGCAUUGCAGAGUGGGCAGAGUCCUCUUUCCUUGAUUGAGUGAUAGCCUUAGUUGGGGUGGGGAACACUGUGUCUCUUGAUUUUUAAUGUACAGAGUAUGCACUUGAUAAAAGCAGAUGCACUGAGAUGAGGUGGAGGGCAGUGUAGGCAAAUAAGUACUUUGGCAAGUAAUUAAAAACCAGUGUUGAAGGUCUAGGGAGAAACUACAGACUGGCCAGAUUUCUCUAGACAUAUUCUGUGAACAGCCCUCCUUGCCUGCAAAAAAAACAACUUUAAAUCUGAUUUCAAGCAAAAGCAGCGAUUCCUUUCUUGUAGCAAUUUUUACCAUCCUGUUGUCCCUGUGGGGGACCCAAGCAGCAUACAACAUUGUUCUCCUGCUUCCAUUUUUAUCCUCCUAACAAGAUCCCAGUGAAGUUAGGUUAGGCUGAGAGAGACUGAGUGGCCCAAGAUCACCCAGGGAGCUUUCAUGGCAGAGUAUUUGAACUAGGAUGUGAACUCUCAGAUCCUAAUACAAGACUCUAAUCGCUGUGCAACUCCAGCUGGUCUUAUUACUGAUCAGUCUGAUUGCUGCAAAAUGCGAACAAGAGAGAUCUCUGGGCUGAUAACAUCCUAGGAGAAGGAGAAUAAGAAAAUGCUGGGGGUGGGAAUCAGAAUUUGUAUUUAUACAUUUAGCAUUGAGGCAAAGCAGAAAAUGGAGAAGGAAAUCAUGCCAAAGUACCUCCUUGUUAAGUAUUGGUAUUUGAGAGUUUCCUUGUUUGGUGAUUUCUUUUGGCCAUUCUGUUCUUUGCAAUCUGGCCUGUCCAAAACCACUGUAAUAAUCUGUAAAUUCGUAAUGGGUAAGUAGCUUGCAUUGCUUUUAAAAUAAGUUGUCCUCAUUCAUAUUUCUCCCUCCUUUUACAGUUAGCCAUAUAUGUUAUACAAAUUCAAACAUAGCUUUAGCAGCAGCAUUACUAAGUCUCCAUUCUUAAAUCAUUAAAAUGUGCACAUUUUGCAAAAGUUAAUAUAAGCUUUGUCAAACGUCUUCUGUGUCUACAUGUUUUGUUGAUACUAUCAUACAGACAGCCAGGGGGGCGUAGUGGUUAAAGUUUCAGACAAGGAUCUGGGAAAUCCAGGUUUGAAUUCCCACUCUGUCACAGAAGCUUGCUGGGUGACCUUUGACCAGUUGCAUUCUCUUAGCCUAACCAACAGGGUUGUUGUGAGGAUAUAAUGGAGGAGAGGAGAAAAAUUUAUGCACUUUGGGUCCCCAUUGGGGAGAAAAGCAAAAUAUAAAUCUUUAAAAGUUUUCAAAGCAUAACUGAAAUAUUGGUACCAUUUGAGGCAUAAAAAUUUGGAUGUUACGAUUCCUUUAACAACUCUUUUCUGAAUGUGGUCAUGAAUUAGAUGCUGGGAAAGAUGAGAAAGAAGACCUUUUAUCUCAUUUCUUACAGCAUAAAAAUCUGCUAGUCUCUUCUCUUCCAGGAGUAUCAUUGAGUCUAAAAUGUGUAUGUUUCCCAAAGGCUAGUCUAAGCUUUGUCGAAUAACCCCCCAUAUCUAAAGGUUUUAUUGGUAUUCUCAAGGAAAAAGGAACAAGUAACCAUUUCUAUAAAGUAAUGUGACCUUUGUUAUAUUUGCUGAUUUCUGUUUGUGCAAAUUCUAACUAUGCUUGCAAAAUCUGUUUCUAAAAUGAAUACGUUUUCUGAACCGUUGCCUCCUCUUCGGUCUCUUUGGCAACUGGAUUUACCAAUUAACUGGAUGGUCUGCCCUUACUGCUGUCUCCACCUAGACGUGAAAGGUACUUGCAUGAAGGCUGGUACCAGAACAAAAACAUUUAUUAAUGAUUUAUUCACCAUCUUAAACUUGUUGCUGCAUUUUUUCCAUCUAAUAACAUCUGCAGAAAGAAGUGCAACCCCAUUUAAUCCUGUUCCGCCUGGAGUAGUCUAGAAUAAUUCCUAAUUUUAGCAGGAAACAGUUUUGGGUGCAGUUUGUUUGUUCAGGCAAGUCAGUAAGUAGCCCAAAGGUGAAAUUAAUCGAGCUCUCAGUCUCUACAGCAUUUGGAAAAAUGAGUUGAAUAUGAUGUGUGUGUAUACUAUUGCCUUUGAGAACAGAAGUCAUAUUUUUUUUUCUGUUACAUGACAACCAUGUAUUGCCAUGCUGUGUAGGAAAAAUAAAAAAAGAUUCUUAUGGUAUGUUAAAAACUUGGGGGAGGCAGCUAUCAGAGAGAAGUGGUAUCAAGUCUAUGAAAGCUUAUGCCACAAUAAAUUCAGUACCUUUUAUGAUG